GCAUAUGGCUUUUUCAGGCUCUACUUAUCCUAUUCCAUUUCUUGCACCGGAACCUUGAUUGGCCCAAAUUGCGAUUUGACUUGUACUCCGUCAUCGAUCAGUCCGAGUGUGGCCGCUUGUCGUUCGAACACUACAGGAUUCUUCUCCGUCUGCAGUUAUUUGAAUGGAGGGCAGGUUGACCAUUGCAAGAACUGUCCAUGGGGUGUGAAGGAGAACACUUAUUGUCAGGAUGAGGAUGGAGGCGUUUUGGAUCCAUAUACGGCUAGUGUGGUAGACACCGGCUACCGUACAGCCACCAUAAUACUCGGAAUACUCACUGGAAUUUUCCUAAUUCUUCUUACUGAAAGAAUUUGCUGCAGAAAACGUCGACAACGACCUAUUGAGAAGGAAAUGACAACUUUCGAAAGGAAUGGCGGCGUGGCAGCAACUCGUCCACUUUUGUCUGCCACCUAUCGCGCCGAUCAACCGACGCCACUACCGCGAUCGCAGCCGCCCAGCCUUGAUGCAAGGCCAAUAAGUGAGUCCUUUAUGCAGAUGUAAGU